UACAAAAGCAAAAUAAGAUACCACUCCUGUGAUAUGAGUUCAUCACCAUUUGAGUUUCUCUUUCUUCCCCCUUCUGGAGAGAGAGUUUGGAGGACUUGAAGAAGCGUAGGGUGGGGGGGGUCCUACUGCUUAUUGUUUGGAGGGCAGUAACAGUCCCUGUCAAUGAUUUUUACUUGGGUGGUGACUCUCAUUUCAAUGACCCACCCAAUCAAUAUCACACUUGCUUAUUGCUGGGGUGGGGAUUUUAAUCAAUGAACCAAACCUCCUCCUCUUCACAUUUUCUCAUUUCACCCUUUCUUUUCUCUCUCGGUCUUUUUCAUCACUCCCAGUUACACUUCGAACAUAAAGGGAAACCUGGAUCUCACUAAUAUGAGCACACCUUCAACACGCGUGGAAGUGCUUCUGGUACUUGCAUUGCUCAGUUGUAGCCCGGGAAUAGUGUGGAGCAACACACUUUGCCAACAGACAAACGACCAAGUUCGACCUCACAGCGUCAGCAUCACCGAAUUUGGUGCAGUUGGUGAUGGAGUCACUCUCAACACAAAAGCAUUUCAAAAUGCCAUCUUCUACCUGAAUUCCUUUGCUGACAAAGGUGGAGCCAAGCUUUUUGUCCCGGCUGGUCGAUGGUUAACCGGUAGUUUUGAUCUCAUCAGUCAUCUGACUUUGUGGUUGGACAAGGAUGCAGUAAUUCUCGGAUCAACGAAUCCUGAAGAUUGGCCAGUUGUUGAUCCUCUACCGUCGUAUGGAAGAGGAAGAGAGUUGCCAGGUAGAAGGCAUAAAAGCCUCGUUUAUGGGCGCAAUUUGACUGAUGUGAUAAUAACAGGUAAUAAUGGGACUAUCGAUGGUCAAGGGAGUAUCUGGUGGAGCAUGUUUAGGAACAAUACUCUGGAUUAUACACGUCCCCAUUUGAUAGAAUUGAUAAACUCAACAGGGGUCCUCAUUUCAAAUUUAACCUUGUUGAAUUCUCCAUUUUGGACAGUCCAUCCUGUGUAUUGCAGCCAUGUUACAGUUCAGAAAGUGGCGAUCUUUGCUCCUCUUGAUUCUCCAAAUACCGAUGGGAUUGAUCCGGAUUCUUCUGACAACGUUUGCAUUGAGGACUGUUACAUAAGCACUGGUGAUGAUCUCAUUGCAAUCAAGAGCGGGUGGGAUGAGUAUGGCAUUGCGUACAGUCGCCCGUGCACAAACAUUGUCAUCCACAGGCUUGUUGGUAAAACUCAAACGAGUGCAGGGAUUGCAAUAGGAAGUGAGAUGUCUGGUGGUGUAUCUGAAGUUCAUGUAGAAGAUGUUCAAUUCUACGAUUCAAAUACUGCAAUCAGAAUAAAGACUUCUCCUGGAAGGGGUGGUUAUGUCAGAAACAUCUAUGUCUCAAAUGUGACCUUGACUAAUGUAGAUAUUGCUAUUAGAUUCACUGGUUUAUAUGGGGAACAUCCAGAUGAUGCUUAUGAUCCAAAUGCUCUGCCUGUAAUAGAAAAGAUUACAAUCAAGGAUGUGGUGGGGGAGAAUAUCAAAACUGCAGGUCUUAUAGAGGGUAUAGAAGGUGACAAUUUUGUCAACGUUUGCCUAUCAAACAUUGUCCUUAAUGUGAGCUCAAACUAUCCAUGGAACUGCUCCUAUGUUAAAGGAUAUUCCGACUUGGUUCUGCCAGAAGCUUGUGAGCCUCUCAAAGAAAGGAUUUUUCCUGAGCAUUGUUCAGAUUGUUACUAUAUGUCAAAUCAAAUUCAGAGUUCGAAAAGCCAAAAUAGAGCAGGGCAAAGAAACUUCAGGUGACAUAAGAGAGGUUGUGUAGAGUUGCCGAACUGUGAUUUUGCAUCUUGAGAAAGUUACCGAGAAAUGAUUGCUUUUUGUAGCUUGUGUGCAGUGACAAAUAAUUGAGUGGUUUAUCAGAAAUAGGAAGUUGGAUGAUUUCAUCAUGUCAUGCUUUCUCUAGCUAUGGCUUUGGAAAGAAAAUUACAAAGUUUUGUGUUUAAGUUUAUUCUAAGGGAAAGAGUGUUUUUUGCUGUUGAUAGAGGUGAGAUGUGGUUACUCUGACAUAGUUCCCUUUUGCCAAAAAUGUGAUCCCACGUAGGAGAUUUUGCAGUUGUACUAGACAGGUGUUUGGUAGUUUUACAUCUCUUUUGUUUGAAUAAGGAAUCCAAUAAAUAAACUUCCUACUAAGGUAAA